AUGGGUAAUAAAUUGUCCAGCCCAGUCGAUCAACAGAUUUCUUUCAUAGAAACAGGACCUGGAAAUUUAAAUUAUCAUAUAUUCAAUCAUCCUAAAAAGUAUAGAACAGCAGCAUUUCCAGCGUUGGGAUAUGGCUUAGCAAAUUGUCCGGCGGAUGUUGUAGCAAAAGCAAUUAUUGAUGCAGCUAUCAAAGUUAAUUUUAAAAAAUGUCGAUCUGAUAUCAAAUCUCAUCUUAAAUCAUGUUCACAAGUCAAAGGUCGAGACAAUGAAGAAAAAAUUGAUAGUUGGACACAACAAUCAGUUCUAAAAUUCUACAAAUAUUGCUUGAAUCAUAAUAUAUGGCCAACAAUUAAUCUUGAUCAAAGAGAGGUCACGUUAACUGGUGAAAAAAAUCUAUCGAAGAUGGCAACAAACAUUUUCUUGAAUUAA